GACAGAAUAUUGACACAUCACAACAAAACAUAUGAUAGUGAUCAAAUUGUAAGAACCAAGAACGAUAAGUUCUGCAAACCCUCAAUAAUGGGCAAAAAAGUUUGAAAAAUAUAAACUUUGUAAAUACAAAGUUCUCAAACAAUUAUUGUAUUCAAUCCUUGUCUUUGUUUAUCAAGAAUGUUGUGAAAUACUAUAAAGAUGACGUCUAAUAGAUCCUGGGAAAAUGUUUUACAAAAUACUUCAACCCUAAGACAGGGUGGUAGAAAUGGGUUGCCUUCUCAAACAAAUGCAAGAUCAAUACCCCAAUUACCCCCACGGCCGGUCAACCAAUAUAGGCCAGCUAGUAUAAUGCCUUAUUCUGGUUAUGGGGGAUCUACAUAUGGAAGUUAUGGUGGAUUUGGAAGCUUAAGCAGUUACGGUGGGCCUAGCUCGUAUGGGUCAUAUGGAAUGCCUUCGAUGUAUAACUCUUAUGGCAGUUAUAAUAGUAUGGGCAUGUAUGGUGUCCCUGGUAUAUAUGGUGGUAUAAAUGAUGAUGCUGAAAGGCGUUUCAUUCAAUAUGCCGAGGAGAGUUCAAGAAAAACAUUCUCUAAUGUGGAAAGCAUUGUGAGAGCUUUUGGGAGUAUAGCAAUGAUGUUGGACAAUACAUUUUUUGCCAUGACAAGUUCCUUUAGGGCAGUUCUGAGCGUAGCAGAGAACUUUGGAAGGUUGAGGACAACCUUCAGUCAGAUUUGGUAUUCUGUAAGUGUUUUCAGAUUCCUAAGUUGGCUUUACAGAAAAUUUUUGGAAAUUUUGGGUCGAAAGCCCAGAAGUUCCACUUCUGCUGCUUGGCAUCAGGCGGCCCAAGGAUCAUCUUGUGGAAUUCCUAGAGGUCCUGAAGCUUCAUCACAAUCUAGCUUGCCUACCAUUGCCUUUUUGGGCGUUUUGGCAUCUGCACCUUAUAUUAUCAGCAAGUUUUUACCAAAAUAUGAAGAUAAAUCAGAUAUUUCUAGUUGGAAAUCUCCAGGUGUGCCUGCCAAAGCGGCUUUCGACUUUGUAGGAAGCAACUCAUCAGAGAUGUCGAUUUCUACGAACGACGACGUACUUAUAGCCCCUUUGUACAUUCAAGAAUCUAUGAAGCUCAGAAAUACUGGUUGGGCCUACGCCUUGAGCAAUGGCAAGAGCGGCUUGGUACCCCUGAAUUACCUCCUGCUGAAUAAAUCCAACAGAAGACCGGACCCCGUCUCUGUGGCUAGUGGCAUUUUGAAUCAAGGCGAUCCCAUCUCGACAAACGUUGAGAACGCCAAUUGGUUCCUGGAAUCGGAACCUGUUGAAUCGGAUGAUGCUGUGUCCAAACCCAAGGGCAAAACGCAUACAAAACGGGUCAGUUUUGGAGAGAAUCAAAUAUUUGAGAAUAUCGAUUUGGAUUACCUGAGGAACGAGGGAGAUAGUGCAACCAAACAGUUGAAGAGUAGUCUGAAGAACUUGAAUCCGAAUAAUGAAAAAAAUAGUGAUUGUGAUGCUGGUAGUGGGAAAGAUGUAUAGCAUUUAUGGGUUUAACUGACGAAAUUUUAUUUACUGGGUUGUAAGAUAAGAAAAAGUGGAACAUCUUUUUUUAUUAUUAUUUUGCCUCAUAAAUCUUGCUGUUAUAGAGGCUUAUAAAUAAUCUUCACUAUAUUGAUUUUAUACAUUUUGAUUAGGGUUAUCAAUAUGUCCAACCAGUUGAAGAAGAAAGAUCUGAAAAUUGAAAAUUCAAACGUUGUAUUUAAAAAGGAUUUCACUUACACUGUUAUAUUAUUUGAUGAAGGAAAAAUUCUGUUUGAGCUAUUAAAAAUCCUUAAUCUUAUUGUGUUGGAUGGUGAGAGCGAUUAUUGGACUUUUUAAUAUUUUUCUUAAGAGAAUUAAUGGAAAUUGACUGUUGCAGAGGGUUGACCUAAAAACUCGAUGCACUUAGGGUAGCUAUUAUUACUGUGGUUAUAUGUUACAAUACACCUGAACAUGUCUUAGCAUUUAUAAUCUUUUUGAAUAAACUGAAUUGUUGAUCAUAA